AUGACUGCCCUUUGCCUGAUGAAACUUUUAUGUCAAGCAGCCAGAAAUGAGAAUAGAUAUGCAAAAAGAUUCUUCAGUACUCUUCUGCCACAAACACCACAAAAAAGGGUCUUUUGUCCAUUCCGGAUGGUGGUACCUGACCCUAGAAAGUCAACUGCGUUUGGACUUACUCAACCGUUCUGUACCGCUGAAAAAUCUGACACAGAACAAAAAAGGAAAGCAGCAUUUGGAAGCGUUGGGCGAAGAAUUCCCUAUCGGAUUUUGCAUGUCAUCAACCAGGAUGGAGAGAGCUUAGGAAAUAUGCACCGAGCAGAAGCACUCAAACUUAUGGAUCAACAUGACCUGAAACUAGUUCUCCUUUGCGAGAAUGUAGAACCUCCCGUAUACAGACUGAUGAGCGGGCAGCAGAUCCACGAAGAACAGCUCAAACGCGCCGAGAAGAAAAAAGCAAGUCCAAAACCAGGGAUGGUUCAGAAGGAGUUAUCCUUUUCUUCAGCUAUUGCCAAGAACGACUUAGAGACCAAGACUAAACAGAUAGCACAGUGGAUUGAAAAGAAAUACCAUGUUAAGGUUACCAUCCGGCAAGCAAAAGAUUCCAAUACAGACAUGUUCAUGCUUUUUGAUCAAAUUUUGGAGACUGUCUCUGAGAAAGCCACUUACCUUUCCAAGCCAAAAGUUACUAGAGAAGGAGUGAGUGCCUGUAUUUUGAGACACAUGUCUGACAAAGAGUUGAAAGCAUACCAGAAGAUGGCAAAACAAAAAACCAAUCCGGUAAAGAAAGAUGAAAGUGAAGAUCUGAAGUCAAGUGAGUUGCAGCAAUGACUUUAUGACAAGGUGUAAACAAUAUUAAUUUCUUAUUUAAAAAAGAAA